AUGAAUACAUAUAAUUCAUUCAUUAAUGUUUCAUAUGCUUCUAAAGAAGGUGAGCCAAAAACUAUCGAUAAAGCGGUGUAUGAAAUAAAAGCAUCAACGACGAAAUUGAAUUCGUUAACUUUUGACGGUGAUAGUUUCGUUAAUGACAUAACAUCGGGGAAAACAAUUUUAACGAAAGAAUAUUUAAAAUCUCAUGUUAGUGAGUUCGUUGAAAUUGAAAAAGAAGGUGGAAUUAAGUUCGAUCCACUGAAUUUCAUUUUCAGCUUAGCGAAUGCGGGUGUUAGUUUCGCUGAAUGGACAACUAUACAGAGUGAAAUAAAUGCAAUAUGGACGUUUUUGGGGUCAAAAGCGGGAAUGGGUGAGCUUGUAAAUGCUGCAAGAACAUUAGGUGAAACAGGAAAUUUUGUAGAUGGUUUUAAAAGACUUGUUUCAAAUGUUUUAACAAACACAAAGAAAUUAUUUAGAUAUACCGUACAUAACGGACGGAUUUUCGAACAGAUAGCAACAAACCCUCCGGUUAUGGCUGCGUUGAUGAUGGUUAGAGAUAUAAAACCACGUAACGACGGGAACGAAGAACAUGAACAACAGGAUACUGGUCGGGUUAUUCGAGACAUUAAAAACGUGUAUCCUGAAGUUAUUGAUUUAUUUAGAGGAGUUAAUGAUUCAAUUUCAAAACAUUCUAUAACCCUCGAUGAAGAGAAUAAAUUAACAGAUUAUAUAUUCGUCAUUAUUGCAGAAUUAAUGAAGAGAAUAAAUGAAAAAGGAAUUGGUGAUAUCAUUAAUGUCAGCGAUGUAAUGAUGAAAAGAAAUUUUGACUCAUUAUUUACAAAACCGAAAACAGAAUAUAGUCUUUAUGACGUAAUUACCGAAUUAAUGAAAAAGAUUAAUGAUAAUAAGAGUUCUGGCGGAAGAGUUGAAUUAGAAGUGAAUGAUGUUAAUGAGAAAUUAGCCGAAAAAGCAAACAAAAAUGAGCUUUUAGCUCUGAGUGAUAAAGUCAAGAACCACGUUCAUUAUAUAACUUCAGACGAACAGAUUAUAACGAACUACCAUGGAUAUUUAACACGAAGUGAUGAAGCGAAGACAAAAAAUGUUAAUGAAAGAAGAUAUAAAUACAUUCGUGCUAAAGGUUAUGACAUAAGCUGUACUGUACAGUAUGAUGUAGCUAAAGCACCAGAAGCAUUUGGUUAUACCGGUGAAAUUUAUGCCUCUACUUUCAAUGUUAACGGUGUAUUAGUUGAACCAAGAUUUACUUUGAGAGUUAAGUCAAAAAUAACGUUUGAAGAUGCUAUUAAAAGUAAAGCUGACAAAGUUGAACUUGAAGCAACGAACAAAGUUUUGAAAUCUCAUAAACACAACAUCUCCGAUAUAAAUGAACUUCAAGCUACAUUAGACAGUAAAGCCGACAAGAACCAUACACAUAAAUCCUUCACUACU